GUUGUCGUCGCCCUCCCCCUUGUCGUCGUCGCUCUCGCCCUCGAGCCCCGGCUAUCCUUUCCUUCCUCAUCCCCUUCUUUUCAUCCCACACUCUUUUGACGUCAACUAUGAAGAGUGGAUUCAAGACUGUACGCUUGGGCCAUGCCGUUGGUUUGCAUCAGCAUACCAAUCAGCUUAACAAACGCGAUGACUGCCUAACAGGUGGUCUCUACAAGACGCCUACCAAAGGCCAAACCGUCGAUGCCAGCCAGCCCGUCACCAUUAGCUGGGACACAUCCUGUCUCAACACGACCGCUGUCGAUAUUUACCUCUACGCACCGAGCGGGAAUCCGCCCCUCAUCCACGAGUGGGAGAACGUCAACUACAAGACCGGGAGCUACAACGCAACCCUCAAACCUGGCUGGUGGAACUCUACGUCUUCCGUCAGCCUUGAAUUCACCAUCAUCCCCGCUGGGCAACCUAUCUUCGCUGUCGGUGGUGCUGCCGGGCCGCUCUUCACCGCGACAUAUUCCGGCAAUUCGACGGGUGACUCUGCUGUCGCAGGGGCUGUCGAGCAGGUGAACAACCUCCCAACUGAGAAGCAUGGACCGUCGAAGGGUGCCAUUGCAGCCGCCGUAAUCAUUCCGCUCCUCUUUAUCAUUGGUCUCAUCGUCGUGGCGUACAUCCGGAUGAACCGUCAAAAGGGCAAGGAGAAGCGUAAGCGGUUCAGCGAGAUGGUCGACAAGCGCAUGUCCACUAUCUCCACCGAUUGGAAGUCCCUCUCCGGUGCGGGUGCGAACGCUGCCAUUCGGAACAGCAUGGCAGUCCCUGGGAAUCGUACGUCGUCGUUCUCCUUCGGCGGCAUCCGACCUGCAUCGACCGUCGCCGUUGAAGGCGGUCAGGCUGGCAUCGGCGCCCGUGGCAUCUUAGCCCAGGACGGUCUCCCUCCUGAUGCGCCGUACAUGUCACAACUUCGCCCUGGCCUUCGCACCUCCGCCUUUGAGAACCGCGUCUCCCGUGUGUCGUUCGCUGCCGAUCCCCGCCCGUCGUCAGAGUCUCGCCGCGCCCGCCAGUCCCGUGCCUUCCACACCAGCAGUGUUGUUGUCCCGCCCCUGCCUGAUCGCCAGCACUCUAGCGAGAGUUCGAGCAACUCUUCGCCUAUCUUGUCCCCGAUACAGACUGCUGGUCCUCUCAGCCUCACCCACGAGGACAUUCAAGCCCGUAUGGCCGGAGGAGAUGCCGAGCAUCAGUCAAAUUACGAUGAAUUCAUGCCUGCUUUGACUAUGAUGCGGCUUGGCGAACAGGGAGGUGCCCAGGUUGAGAUGCCCUCCGCCGUUCAGAUGCCAACUCCCCCCAGCCCCACGCACCAGGCGCCGAAGUCCCCCAUCUUGGGCGCCAUGCCGAUGCAGCCCAUGCACGCCAACGUCAUGUCACCUGACGCGAUGCUCCGUGCCUACGCUGAGCGUCGCGCGAUGGGUGCUACCGUCCCCGGCAGUCCUGCUCCCCCCACCCCCGCUGCGAACUACAACAGCAUGGGCAUGCGCGUCUUGUACUCUCCCGACACCACCGCCUCGGCUUCUUCCUCUACCGUCUACCCUGUCGCCGCCUCGAACUCAAGGAAGAACCUUGCUAACACGGUUUACGACGACGAAGACGCGUACGUCGGCACCGCCGAGUGAGAGUCCCUCGUAGACCCUCUGCGUCGCCUUUUCGUCUCCGUUUCCCGUUGGGUUGUAGGAAUUCCUGUACGUGUAUUGGUUGCCAAUCUCGCCUCUUUCGCAUCUGCGCAGGCGAGGUAUUGCAGUGCCUCGUCCGCACCUGAUGCGACUUCCUGUCAUUUCUGCGAUUUUACGCUAGUCUUUUAUAUCUGUUCGCGUCUCGUAUCCCUUGUGCCCCGCCUAGCGUGUUCCUGAUUCCAUCUGCGAUUACCUUGAUCCCUCCGCGUGCUCCUCCCUCUUAUUGAUUUAUGUCUGCCGUUAUGGGCUGUACAAUCCUUCUUGCCCCGCGUGCUUGGCUACCUGCCCCAGUGCCCCUUCAUCCUCCCGCUACGCUUCACCCCUUACUGCACGUGGGGUCACGUACGACAGCGUCGUCUUGUUUGCACAUAUACCCCCUAUCGAGUCCAUGCGCGUCGCUGCCGUGCGGUGCUGGCCUCAGGGUCUCGUCCAGCUUCACCACCGCUAUCAUCGUUCACCAAUACCCGUCCACUGAUACCCUAUGUAUGCAACGUCGGGUUCACGCGCACGUUGCCUGUAGAUGUGGACCGGUAACUGGGACCUGCAUGGCGAUGUGGAGCUUGAAUGCUUCUUGUGGGCG